AUGGAGGAGGGUCUUCCAAACCCAUUCAAUGCCACCCUAAAGAAACACUGGAGGAGGAGAAAAUACCGGCGACUACUCGACGCCACAAUCCCAAAGAGGAAGAAACUAAAGAUAAUUAGGCUCGGGGGCAGCACGCGGCCGCUCUGGAGAAUCAAAGCCGUUCCCAAGUUCCAUCUAAACGUCGUCCCGCGGUUGAACGUCUGGAAAAAGCUCAAGGACGCUUACAUCAACAUGAUGCUUAAAUUCGCGGGCAAUUUCAGCUCAUUGGGCAAUACCGAGGACGCCUUUCGCGGGAUGCGAAUCGCGAAUUCUCCCCCAGUUCCGGCGGUUUGUGGCCGUUCUAAAGAGGAGCACGAGAGCAAGAUGGUUUUUGAAAUAUUCAAGUCUUUAGUGGCUUACCAUCAUCAGAUAGAGGCAGCUGCUUAG